AUGGAGCACUUGUCUCCAGGACUCAUGUCAAGCCUCUUCAGCGCACAGCGCGUGGCAGGCUGUGCGGUGACGCCCACUCCGCCACCUGGUAAACGCCCGCGCACGCAUCACUCCUUGCCCUCCAGCUCGUCGGCGCCGCGCUCGCUGCUGCAGCUGCCGUCACAGCGCGCGAGCGUCCAUACAAGCACACCCAAGCUCCCCUCCACCACUCCAUCUCAUGUCGUCACAAGAAAAACCGCCAGCAGCAGCGGCAGCAACGCGAGCAUGAGCAGCAGGCGGGCAGCAGGGUGCGUAGUGUGCUCAGGGGGCGACUCAUGGCAGCGCACGGGCCAACCAUGCCGGACAGCGCCACCAACACCCACAACGGCCAGACGGCUAGGCGGCAAGCUGACGGCCGGGAACUUGUCAGCGCAGCGGGUGCGGCAAGAGCAGGCGCAGCGGGGGUGUGGGUGCGUGGCCGCCGUGUCCAUGGCGAGUCCGCCCGGGCCCGUCGCAGAGCCCGGGCCCGGCGUCAGCGACAGCGGCGGUGGCGCGGGCGAGCAGGCGGGCACGGGGGAGGAGCGCGUGGGCGUGUUGCUGCUGAACCUGGGCGGGCCCGACACGCUUGACGACGUGCAGCCCUUCCUCUUCAACCUCUUCGCCGACCCGGACAUUAUCCGGCUUCCGCGCGCGCUGCGGUUCCUGCAGCGCCCCAUCGCGCAGUUCAUCUCGACGAUGCGCGCGCCCAAGAGCCAGGAGGGCUACGCCGCCAUCGGCGGGGGCUCGCCGCUGCGCCGCAUCACCAUGGACCAGGCGGAGGAGCUGGGGAAGGCGUUGCGGAAGAAGGAGGUAGCGGCGAAGGUGUACGUGGGCAUGCGCUACUGGCACCCCUUCACCGAAGAGGCCAUCUACCAGAUAAAGCAGGACCGCAUAACGCGGCUGGUGGUGCUGCCGCUGUACCCGCAGUUCUCCAUCACCACCAGCGGCUCCUCGCUGCGCCUGCUCGAACGCAUUUUCAGGGAGGACGAGUACCUGGUGACGAUGCAGCACACCGUCAUCCCCUCGUGGUACCAGCGCCGCGGCUACGUUGAGGCCAUGGCCACGCUCAUCCAGAAGGAGCUGCUCGCCUUCUCGCGCCCAGAAAUUGUGAACAUCUUUUUCAGUGCGCACGGGGUGCCGGUGGCGUACGUGGAGGAGGCGGGCGACCCGUACAAGGCGGAGAUGGAGGAGUGCGUGGGGCUCGUCAUGGACGAGCUGCGCCGCCGCGGCGUCUACAACAACUACACCCUCGCCUACCAGAGUCGCGUGGGGCCAGUGGAGUGGUUGAAGCCGUACACGGACGAGAGCAUAGAGACACUGGGCAAGGCGGGCGUCAAGAGCCUGCUCGCCGUCCCCAUCAGCUUUGUGAGCGAGCACAUAGAGACGUUGGAGGAGAUCGACAUGGAGUACCGCGAGCUGGCGCUGGCGUCGGGCGUGGAGGAGUGGGGGCGCGUGCCCGCGCUGGGGUGCGAGCCGUCCUUCAUUGAGGACCUGGCAGACGCCGUGCUCGAGGCGCUGCCCUACGUCGGUGCCAUGGCCGCCUCCUCCAUCGAAGCCCGCCAGGCGCUGGUGCCGCUGGGCAGUGUGGAGGAGCUGCUGGCCACGUACGACAUCGAGCGGAGAGAGCUGCCGGCGCCCGUGGCCAUGUGGGAGUGGGGGUGGACCAAGAGUGCUGAGACGUGGAACGGGCGUGCCGCCAUGCUGGCCGUGCUGGGGCUGCUGCUGCUGGAGGUCAGCACGGGCCGUGGCAUUCUGCACCAACUCGGCAUCCUGCCCCCCCUCCUAUGA